AUGCCAAUAUGCCACAUCGCAGGAUGUACAAAUUUUGCCGUAUCUCGUGGUUGCUGUGUGCGUCAUGGUGGUGGCACUCGUUGCACAAUUUCCGGGUGUCCAAAUCGCGCCAAGCUGUACAAUAAAUGCUUUCAACACGGUGGAUUUAAAUCUUGCGCGAUAGAGACGUGUACGCGCAAGGCAAAGAGAUACGGUUAUUGUUGGUCACAUGGCGGUGGUCGUAUCUGUGAGAUUCCUGAGUGCAAAAAGGUUUCGACACAAGGUGGUCUCUGUUGGGCACAUGGUGGUGGUAAUCGAUGUAAGCAGGAGAGCUGCAGCCGUCGUGCGUAUCAGAAAAAUGGGUACUUCUGUGGGAAUCAUGCGUCGUGAGAGUGUGAGAAAGUAUCCAUUAUUUUUUCUUUAGUAAUUAUGUUACCAAAUGUUGCUAUCACCAUAAAAAUGCACAGAAACGUAGCAAACGAAAAAUUAAGCCAAAGUAUCAUUUAACAUCAAUCGAGAGAUUUUCCAACUGCUG